GGUGUGUCCAAGAUGUGUCUUACAUCACUCUGUUUCUUAAUAGUGGGUGUUGUGUAAGUUAUGUAUUGCCGGGUUACAUCCUGUCAAAAUCGGGAAAUAAAUGUGCGUGUGUGCGUGCAUGUCGUCGGCAGAUGACUUUUAGGUUGUGGUUUUAACAGCUGUUCUUUGGGAAGUCGCCACUGGGACCCCGUGCAAGACGCAAAGAGAGGAGGCUACAGCAGCUAGAGCUAGCGCGGAGGAAAAAAGGGUGGUCUGGACUCAGGAGAAUGACAAAGUGAUGAUACAAAGGAGCUACUUUGCAACAAUGUCUUGCUUCGCGGUGUGACUACCAAAACGGAUUUCUGCAGGGGAAAGGUUACUGGCCGACCAAAGUGCAGUGCUCGUUCACAAGCGACGGGUAUCUGUCUGCGUCUUUUUUAAGUCCACACUCUUGCAUAACUUCAGUUAAAUGUACAACACGUUAGUCUCUGGCUAGGCUACAAAGCGAAAUGUGGUACUUCUGCGACGUAUUCGGGCGAUUUUGGCACACGCGUUUAAUUUUAUUGAAUUUAUUCGGGUUUUUCGUAGCACCUGUAUUAUCACAUCCACAAUGUUUGGAUUUCAAGCCCCCUUUCCGACCUCAGCAGGAGCUUCAGUUUUGCGUAAUGUACAAACAUUUUGGCUGCUGUGAUUACGCGAAAGACCAGGAGCUUAUGGCAAAGUAUUACAAGAUAAUGGGCAACUUCGACUAUCAAGGAUAUUCCAAUUGCGCAGCCUACGUGCUGGACCUGCUGUGUCAGGAAUGCUCUCCAUAUGCAGCACACCUGUUUGACGCGGAGGACCCCAGCACUCCGGUCAGGACCAUCCCCGGCCUCUGCCCCGACUACUGCUCCAACUUGCUGGACAGGUGCAAGAGCACUCUUCCCCUGGUGUCCAGCGACCCCAAGCUGUCCGAGCUGCAGCAGGACAACGCCCGGCUCUGCCGCUACCUGGAGCUGGACGACCCUGACUACUGCUACCCCCACCUGCUCAGCAACGAGAGGCUCUCCAAGAACCUGGGACGCGUCUCCGAGGACCCCGACGGCUGCCUGCAACUAUGCCUGGAGGAGGUAGCCAACGGGCUGCGCAACCCCCUGGCCAUGGUGCACGCCAACGACGGCACGCACCGGCUCUUCCUGGCCGAGCAGGUGGGCGUGGUGUGGGUGUACCUGCCGGACCGCUCCCGGCUGGAGAAGCCCUUCCUCAACAUCUCCAAGGCCGUGCUGACCUCGCACUGGGAGGGUGACGAGAGGGGCUUCCUGGGGAUCGCCCUGCACCCCGAGUUCAAGUACAACGGCAAGCUGUACGUGUACUACUCUAUUGAGGUGGGCAUGGAUGAGAGGAUACGGAUCAGCGAGUUCCACAUCUCGGCCUCCGACAUGAACGUUGUGGACCACUCUUCAGAGAGGGUGAUAUUAGAGGUGGACGAGCCGGCAUCCAACCAUAACGGGGGCCAGAUCCUGUUUGCAGACGACGGCUACUUGUACAUCUUCACUGGCGACGGCGGGAUGGCCGGUGACCCCUUUGGCCUGUUUGGCAACUCUCAGAACAAGUCUGCUCUGCUGGGCAAGGUUCUCCGCAUCGACGUGAACGACAACGAGAAGGGGCCCCUGUACCGCAUCCCGCCCGACAACCCCUUCGUCCACGAGCGCGGAGCCCGACCCGAAGUCUUCGCCUACGGAACGCGGAACAUGUGGCGGUGUUCCGUGGACCGAGGUGACCCGCUGACGCGCGAGGGCAAGGGCCGCAUUUUCUGUGGUGACGUGGGCCAGAACAAGUUUGAGGAAGUGGACAUCGUGGAGAAGGGCCGCAACUACGGCUGGCGCGCCAAGGAAGGAUUCUCCUGUUACGACAAGAAGCUCUGUGCCAACAGCUCGCUAGAUGAUGUCUUGCCUAUCUAUGCCUACCCUCACAAGAUGGGCAAGUCUGUGACGGGUGGGUACGUCUACCGGGGCUGCGAGUACCCCAACCUCAACGGCAUGUACAUCUUUGGAGACUUCAUGAGUGGGCGUCUGAUGAGUCUGAAGGAGAACAGGCACUCUGGCCAGUGGGACUACAAGGAGAUCUGCAUGGGCGAGGGCCUGACCUGCGCCUUCCCGGGCCUCAUCAAUAACUACCACCCCUACAUCAUCUCUUUUGCUGAGGACGAGGCCGGGGAGCUGUACUUCAUGUCCACUGAGAUCCCGAGUGCUACCUCUGCCACUGGCGUGGUCUACAAAGUGGUGGACCCGUCACGACGAGCGCCGCCGAGAGCCUGCCACUACGACCCACUGCCUGUCAAAGUCAAGAGCAAAACAGUCCCAUUCAAGCCUCAGGAAUCUUUAAUCGGCGUGGAGCUUCCCACUAAGCAGCAGACGAUCCCGGACACCAACGACUGGCUACAGGAACUCCUGGACCUGCUGGAGCGCUCCAAACCAGCCACCACGACUCUCCCUCCCACCACCCCCGCUACCACUACCUCCACCACUCGGGCACCGCGGCCCACCAAGCCUCGCAAGGGCCGCCGCAAGAAGCCCGGCCGCCACCGCAGCUCCGGCUCGGAACACGCCACGUACCCAAACGGCGCAGUGCGUCUGGCGGGCGACGAGCUGGGCCGCACGGACCGAGGGCGCGUGGAGGUGUUUGCCAGGGGCAAAUGGGGCACAGUGUGUGACGACCUGUGGAGCAUGGAGAACGCACAGGUGGUGUGUCGGCAGCUGGGUUUCCGGCACGCGCUCCGGGCCUCCAAAGCGGCGGAGUUCGGCGAGGGCAGCCACCUGAGGAUCAUGCUGGACGACGUGCAGUGCCACGGGGAUGAGGCCACGCUGCUCGACUGCCUGCACGCUGGCCUGGGCAGCAGCAACUGCGCCCACUACGAGGACGCCGGCGUCGUAUGCGGAAACUCAUUACACACUACUGCUGCUGCUGAUGCUGGACACUGAUUGGUUGAUUGGUUCGUUUUGAUUGGUUCAUUGGAGUUUUAUUCCCCCCCAUUCAUAUGGACUAAGUCUUCAAGGACUAAAAAGACUCUUUAUCUUUCCAUUUUUUUUCAAAGAUUUCUUUUCCCCUUCCAAAGAUCUGGUAAUCCAAGCACUCUUUUAGUCUUAAACUGAUCUCCACCAUAAUGGAAGUCCUGCCUACUAUGAGGACGCCGGGGUCGUGUGCGGAAACUCCCUACACACAUCUGUUGCUGCUGGACACUGAUUAGUUGGGUUAUUUAUUUGGUUGAGUUCCCCCUGCAGUACAUGUGGACUAAGACCAGUCUUUUAGGACUAAAAAGCUCUUCGUCUUCACAAUUUUCUUUUCCCCCAAAAAAUCAGUGGAAAUAUUGGCACACUCACCAUUGGUGCUCUCUGCUCUUCACAGAUGAGAGCAGGUUCAUACUGAGCACGUGAUGGACAUGACACAGUCUGGAGAGCUAAUGGAGAAUGUUAUGCUGCCUGCAACAUCAUUUGUGAAGAUCACAGGCCGCCAAUUGUGAAUGUGCCAAUUUCAGUGUUCUAUGGUAUUAGCAAAUUACAGUACAGUGCCGCUCUGUAUAGCAUAGGCCCAACCUGUGGGCACCAGGCCCUUGUACCCUCCUCAUGAAGUGUGCCCCUGACCAUUCGAGCAGAAACAUGCACAUUAGUGGCCUGCAAAGCUCAUUUUGCAGAGUCUGGCAGUGUUAUUUUCUGUCUUCAUAAAAGUAAAAGUAUGCACAUCCCACCUCUCUGAGGCCAGGUGCAGGACAAAGGCGCAUCUGAUAGUGGAAAAGAGUAGAAGAGUUGAAAAUGUAUUCAGGUCAUAUGUUUCGAACCAACAGGGUCUUCAUCAGGCUUGUGUCCAGUGUUAUUUUCUGUGCCACCUGGCACAAGGAGAAAGCAAUCCAUGUCCCCUGGUGUACUGGCAUCACCUACAUGCUACUGUGCUGAUGGACAUAGCAGACCUUCUUGCCACAGCAUACAUUGAUGUGUCAUCUUGGGUGAGUGCCACUAGCUGAACAAAUUCAGUGGGUUAUUGUAGGCAUUAGACACCACCUCAUUGUACCUGGAUACAGGGGUGUGAAACUGUCGAAUUGAUCUUGAAAAGGCACUUAAAAUAAAAUGUAUGAAAAUGCAUGUGACCAAAAAAUCAGACAGAAAGGGUGAAAAAGGAGAAAUGAUCAGUGACACUAGACAAAUAACUAUAUAUUUUUGGGGUGUAUUUUGGUUAAUAUCUCUAAUUUCUACCCAUUACUUGUUAAAUUUGCAAAACAGUAGAAAAUUAAUUCAAUUCACAUUGAGCGUUGCUUCCUAACUGGACAUGCUAUGCUAUAUCACAAGUACGAUGGACACGGAGUUGCAUUGCUUUGCGUUUGGUGUUCCCUUCGUUUUUUGGAGCAGUGUAUAAUGGAAGUCAUGCCUCCUUUGAGGACAUAGAGGUCAAUACAAGUAUACAAGUACAUGCUGCUGAACAAUGAUUGAUUUCGAAGUCAAAGCUAAUGUCAGCUUUAUUUUUAGUUUUGUGUCCAGGACUAAGACUUGCAUGGAUGUUCUACUGAAUCUUUGCAUAAUAAAACUUGUAAAGAUAUCAAUUCACCAAAAAAAAAAACCAACAAAAAAACCAUCAGAUGCAUCAAUCUAUGAGAAAAGGUUUUCACAAAGCCUGGGAAAUUCCAUGCUACCUUACACAAUCCUUCUGAUCUGAAAAACUAAUCUCAUUUGUGAUUAGGUCUGGUGGUAACCAGGCAAGUUUUCACACACACAUUCUAUUGGUACAUUCCAUUUAAUUUCAAAUUCUAUUCAGUGUACAUGCACUUUUUAUAGUACAUCCAAGGUUUGCGUUAGAUGUUGUACAUCCAAGGUUUGCGUGAGAUGUUGUACUAUGUGUACCGUUUGUAGCUUGUUUGUUGGUAAGGACGCGGUGUACAUGAGGCCCCUUGGCAUAAAGAGGAAUAAUUGCUUAUUCUAAAUGUCCCAUGCGUAGAAAGGACAGGGUAAACAUUGAAGGGUAAAUAUUUGUGUUUGGACAAUUUUUGCCCCCUGGACGAGGCUCAGACUAAAAGCCAUGUUCUCCCUUCGUUGAUCAUUGAAGCACCUUCUUUCAGGCUCUUUCUUAAAAACAUUUUUGAAAACAACUUCAUUUUUCUUAAAUAUUUGUUGAAUGAAGAAAGAUUUUUUUUAAACUGACCAUCUAAUCGAGAGAUUUCUCCAUCUUAUAUGACGACAACUAAUAGAAACUGGUUUCAUUAGGCAUGGAAGAAAAAGAAAAAAACAAGAAAUCAACAUAAAAUGUUCAUGAAUGUGUAAGGGGGUUACCCCCUAUGCAAACAAUCUAAUUUAACAGAUUUCCAGGUUUCACACAGUGAAGUCAGUAAAUUGUGCUUUUGAAUAUAGUUCAAAUAAAUGACUUGUAAACAG